AUGACAAAGGCGGCAUGGGUGAAAAGAGAGAAGCCGCUGCGGGGCUCCACGCGCGUCCCAUCCAGGAACUCCCUCGAAAUCGCCUACUCUGACGUCCAUUACUGGGUCCGCGACCCCGACGGAAAUGAGUCUUACGCCGAAUACGAACAUGUUUCACGGGAAUGCUGUGACGCAGGGAUGAAGGAGAUCCUGAAGGGUCUGGACGGGCGGAUGAAGCCAGGGGAGCUGACGGCCAUCAUGGGACCCAGCGGGGCGGGGAAGACCUGCCUCAUGAACAUUCUCGCCGGUUAUAGGUCUCCAAAUUUAUACCACCACCUUUCAUCUCGCAAAAAUUACUACUAA